AUGGCUGCUUUGGUACAGACUCUACCACCUCAAACUGCAACGGUCACAAUGCUUGGUCGCCCAUCGUCCUCUGGAGGCUAUCCGUCACAAGGCUCACCGAGCCAGGCGAGGAACCACCAGCCGAAUCGAUACAGUAACAUGUCAGCGGCGGGUUACAGAGGCAUACCGGCCAGUGGACCGGUGGCUCCUUAUGCUUUUACGUCCACGCCGCAGUUGACCAACACGAAUGCCAAUAUCAACUCUCGCCAAUUCGCCAUCAACACUCCACGAUCCAUAUCCUCCCCGAAAAUACCUCAGACACAUCCAGGCGGCUCCCCUUCCUCGUUGCCUACCUCUCCUACUAGCCUCUCACAUGUCGAUGCUGGAAAUCGUCCUCUGUCAUUAGGCCUGCCUGCAAUACCUCCGACAAGUUCUUUGAUGGGUCCUUCCCUCACAAUACCUCCCGCCGCGGCUGUUACCACCGCUGCAUCUAAGCCGUCACCCGAUCGUUAUCGAAGAAAUAUGAGGCGACCUGAUGGAGAGAGUGCUCUAAACCGUGUUUCUACCGCUUCUGCUCUCCCGUCGGGAUCCGGGAUGGCGGCCGUCGGUUCUCUCUACAACCACCCCUCCCAAUCAAGCAGUACACCCUCCUUUGGAUCUCAACAGUCCUACCGGGGUUCUACAUUUGGCAGCAGUGGGCUGAAAAACUCUAGUGCUGAUGACAUUCAAUUGGGUCGAAGCCAGACCCCGGAGCUCGCCGCGAGAUAUCGCAGACGCAGUUUCGGUAGCAUCGAAACCGCCGGUCUGAAUCAUUCAUCUGACACCCAAGAAACCUCUUCACCUCAUCCAAAUGCAUUUCUCCCUUCUCAUGCCAAUCCAGACGCCAAUGUGCCACCUCAACGACCUAUCCACCAACAUACGGCCAGUUCUGACAGUGUUGCUUCUUCGAGGUCCACUCGGUCUUCACGGCCUGGAUCGGUUCGUAACGAACCGGCCUCGGUCCAGGCCGCGACCUCCAACCCCGGUCCUAUCUCAUCACCCAAGCAGGAAUCCAAACUUGCGGCUCAUUCUCGACCGGGAGAUUCAAGCAUUCGUCAGCCCUCACCUUUAUCUCGACCAAUCGAUAUCCACGCAGAGGAUGGAGAGGACGACUCACCCAGCCCCGCUACUUCGGCCGUGCCAUCCCCACCGUCUCAGACUCAUGCCGCUGUCAGUCCAGCUGUAGAACAACUCGCCGCUGUCAGUCAAAAGGAUGCGAAGAAAUCGAAAUCCAAAUUGCGGAGGGCAUUCUCGUUCGGCAGUGCUGCUGAACUUAGAAAGGCGACAGCCCAGAACAAUCACGAGAAGGGCGUGGCCAACAAAGCAACAUCUUCAUCGAAGCGAAACUCGAAAUAUGAAGAUGAAUUGGAUCCUGAGCAAGCAAGAAUUGCGGAGAAACAGGAGGCCGCGGGAUUGGGCGAGAGUAUCUAUUCUGGCCAGGGCCACUUCUUCACCGGCUCGACUGAUAACCUCUCAAUCUCCUCCACAGCUUCAUCUGCGUCUGUGAUGCUCAGAAAAAUGGGCAAGGGCGUCAAGAAAGGUACCCGAUCUCUGGUCGGAUUGUUUCGGCCGAAAUCGGUAGUGGAUGUUCCUGCUGGUGAUGGCCCAAUCAAUCAAGCGAGCGUGGCACAAGUGUCCAUGGUUACUGUAGAGGCUGAUCGGGAGAAGGUCAAUGUCAACGUCAAUCCCCAUGAACAGGCCGGCGGAGGAACCGGAUUCCCCAAACUGGACCAGAAUUCCAUUGACACCAAACUUUCCUUUGACAGUGGCACCGUGUCCAGCGAUACUCGAUCACGACGAAGCAUCGUCGGUGGAGAGAAAGAACGUGCCGAAGUUCUAGCUGCCGUGAAGAAGGGCAUCCUGAAGCGAACAGAUUUAAACCAGCCCUCACCAAAGCUCAAACCCUACGACUUUAAAGUUCCUGACUUCAACUUGCCACACAUUCCCCAUGUCAAUGAUUCACCGAAAUCCAGUGCUCCCAGCACUCCUGCCGAUGAACCACCUCGGUCUGGUCACCGUCGGACCGACUCAAUCACGAUCGAAAGCAACGACCAUGACGACUAUUUUACCAUGGCUAGAUUUGCCAGCUUAGACUCCAAAAAUGCUCCGAUGACUCCACAAGGUCUCAUUCGCAACAUCUCUUUUAGCCCCCGCAUCCAAUUUCACGACACUUGGCCGAGUGCUGAGUACGACCGCCGUGGAGAGAUUGCAACGUGCAACCGUUUGACACCCAUGCUUGCACAGCAAAUCAAAGAGGAGCUCAAUACCUUCAAAAUGGAAAUGGAGGUCCACGAGUCGUCCAAGGUCUAUACGCACUUUUUCUAG